AUGAGUGACACUAGAAAGCGAAGCAGCAUCUGGCUGCAGUUUAAAGAUAUUGGGAACAAGAAAGCAGAGUGCCUUCACUGCAAAACGAAGGUCACUAUAAGAGCAGGUUCCACCACAAACCUGCAUAGACAUACAAGAACUGUCCAUCCUACAGUGCAGUUAGAGGAGAGAGGGCAAGCCAGCUCACCAUCUACUGAUCCUGGUGUGUCUCAUACCAGAACAACAGCUGCUGUAACGUCUACUGCCAUCCCCAUGCGUGCAAGUAUAACCUCUCCUACUGCAACUCAAAGCAAAAUAAGUCAGUUUUUACCUAAACUGAUGACCCCAGCCAAACAGCACAGUAUUGAUGAUGAGUUGGCUAAAAUGGUAGCUUCUGAUUUUCAACCCUUUGCAGCUGGUGACAGCCGAGAACCAAUGGACAGUAACUGUGCAGAAAGUGAAGGAAUUAGUUGCAGCUCUUUGUUCAGCCAUGGACCGCAAAUUUCUGCGGAUGGAGUACAACACUGUCCUUUCAGAAACUACCUUAUUGGAUCCAAGGUUUAAAAAACUUGCCUUCAGUGAUCGUAGAGCUGUUGAUGAAGCUCUUCAGAGGAUUAGUGCAGCAGCAGCAGCAAAAUGCACCCCCAGCAGCCAGCCAGCUCCACCAUUACAGGGCCAAGUGGAGGAGGAGCAGCAAACCUCUGCUGUUUGGAGGCUUUUUGAUGACAGAGCUACAGGAGAUGCUUCAAGGAGAAAUCCGACAGCUGAUGCUAUAAUGGAGGUGAGGAGCUACCUUGAGGAGCCCCUCAUCCAGAGAGCAGAAGACCCACUGAGCUGGUGGCAGGCCAAGGCCUCAGUCUUUCCACUCCUGGUGAAGGUGAUGGAGGGGGAGACUAUGUAUUGUUGCCACAUCAGUUCCUUCUGAGAGAAUCUUCUCCAAAACAGGGCAGAUACUCACGGAGAGGCGAAAUCGUAUCAGGCCUAUCAGCCCAUCCAAGCUGAGGCAUCUGAUCUUCCUGAAUGCCAACCUGCCCUGAGGACUAAUGCUGUUUGCUGGAGUUUGGUUCUGGUUUUGAUUCUGUUCUGUGGAUUUGUUUGAAGUUUAUUGUUAAUUUGUGCAAUAAAAAAGUUUAAUUGAAAUAAACAAAUGUAAGAGUGGUUUUGUCACAGAAUAAAUGCACAGAAUUAGGCAUUAUAAGGUCUCUCAUAAAAACACUGAAAGCAAAAGGGUUUUCAACACAUAAACCAUGAUUUUUUUUUCAAAGUUAAGGUAAAAUAUAGGCUACAAAAGAUCCUAAAUAAAGAGCCGUUCGGGAGUCGAAAGAGCCGGCUCUUCUUUGGGAGCCGAGUCAAAAGAGCCGGCUCUCAGAAAAGAGCCGAACUUCCCAUCAUUAGUAUGUGCAGAUGUAGAGAGAGAGAGACAGUUAACUGUUGAUUUGUGAAUGUUAAUUUCACUUGCUUUGGCAAUGUUAAUAUAUGUUUCCCAUGCCAAAUAAGCCCCUUUUAAUUGAAUUGAGGGAGAUAAUCACUUUUGAGCAUUCAAUUUAGCAUAGUGUAAAACUGUGCCCCCGCACAUUGACUCUGUACCCCCUGUAUAUAGCCUCGUUACUGUUAUUUUAUUGUUGCUCUUUAAUUAUUAGUUUUUUUUUCAAAUUUUUUCUUUUUCUUUCUUUAUUGUUUACUUCAGUUUAUUUAAUAAAUACUUUCUUAACACUUAUUUUUUUACCUAAAACCGCAUUGUUGGUUAAGGGCUUGUAAGUGAGAAUUUCACUGUACGGUCUACACCGGUUGUAUUCGACGCAUGUGACAAAUAAAAUGUGAUUUGAUUUUAUCUCAAUUUUAUCAUUUUCUCACAGCAGGAAAAUAAUCCUACAGCAACAGGAAAUGUGAAUUAUUGUGUGGAUUACAAUAAUUUGACAUUUUUGUACAGGUUGAUACAUUUUUUGUUUGGGCAAAUCAGGUCAAACAUUUUAAAGUGGAAAUUAUAAAGUUUAGAUACCUUUUUAAACAACAACAAGGUGAUCAAAUUAAGAUCCUACUCCCGUAUACAUUCAGAGAAGUAGGCCAAUUGUUGCAACAAUAGUCGUGUUCACAACUGAAGAGUCUUCCUUUCAGUGAGCAUUAAGGGAUGUUGGUGACGUAUACUCAUACCAAUAAAAAGCCUUAUUUUAACUUCCUGUGUUGGCUGAUGUAACUACAUGAAGUUCAUGAUGAUCAGCUGAGAUGCCAUACUGUUCUUUUCUCCUGCGGGAACAUUCAGAACUCACACACACACCGAGACACAAACAUACACAUCAGCACUGACUAUAGCAUAAUUAGAUAUUGUUGUUUGUGUAAGUAAUACAGAUGUAAGAUCUUAAUUUGAUCACUCUUUUGUUGCUGAGAAUUGUCCUGCACAGCAGGAAACACAAACUUGUAGUGUAUUCAAAGUUUUUAAAAUGCUUUAAAAGUUUGUAAUUACCCACUUUAUAAUGCCAGACUUGAUUUGCCCUAACGAAAAAAAAUUCAAACCUUACAAAAAGUGUCCAUUAAUUGUUGCUGCAGGAUUAUUUUCCUGCUGUAGCAAACUGGCUCAAAUUAAGAUCCUACAUCUGUAGCUAAAUUAGCUAUGCAAAGUGCCAGAUAGGUAACCAUUUACAGUAACUGCUGUUCAUUAUUACUCUGUCAAUAAACACUAUCAGCUGACAGAAGAUCUAGCUAAAUUAGCUCCAGAAAGAAAUUGAGAAAACUGACUUUUCUCAAGCAGGUAGUAGCUCUGGCUGGGCAGCUUACUCUUGUAGCAGGUUGAGGGACUAAUUUACUUCCACUAGAUACUACUAGCUAGCAUAACUAUAGCCAGUAACCAGGUAGGGCUAGCUAGCUAGCUAGCCAGCCUGCUAAGUAGUCAGUAGCUAGCUAGCCAGCUAAUGCAAGCCAACUUUGUUCAGUUGUUGAGUUUGUUAUAUUGGCAUACUAACUUCAAAAUAAGUUCUACAACUUAACUAACAUGAGUAGUUUGAUCUUCCUGUCACACUCACACAGCCGAAACCUUUCUUUGUGCUGCCAACCUAGGCUGUAAACACACACUCCUAAACUCCGUCAAUAUUCUACGCGGGGGCGUGUACUUCCUGGUAUGAACUAAACGAAAAUAGAAAUUGAAUAAAUGUUGUUAUUUGUUUUCAAUUCUUUCCUGUCUAAUUUUGACAACAUAAAUGACAAAACAAGUCGAUUUCCGAUGUUCGUUUUUGACUCUGACUCGGAAAUCAAAGUUACGAAAUGUACACAGAAGCAACGCGAAGCAGCAGUUCAGGCAAUCUUGAAAGUCAGUACAAUACUUGGCAAAUAAAUAAAUAAAUAAAUAAAUAAAUAUAUAUAUAUAUAUAUAUAUAUAUAUAUAUAUAUAUAUAUAUAUAUAUAUAUAUAUAUAUAUAUAUAUAUAUAUAUAUUUGAAAAAAUUGAUUUGACAAGCAGUAGACAUUUAGAAUUAAAUGUGGAGUGGAACUAUAUAGUUAAGCCGAAACAUCACGUGCCCAUCAUACUUUCCGUUUCCAUUAGGCUAAAAAUCUCUGAAAGUUUUUUUUUUCCCGACAUUGUCGAAUAAACUUCGGUCAAUGGAAACCUGCCUAGGCUUCUUCUGUAUUCUCAUCACGCAGCGUGGUUUCUCUUUCCCUCAAGUCUCCGCCCCAUUACAAAAGUACACAUCAAACUCUCCAGAUCUGCCACAAGCAAAUAUAGCCAACGGAACAUUUCAGUGUCGUUGGAUUACACAGAAAAUCUCUUGGGCAACAUGCAAUCUACGGUGUUUACUAUAUUGUUAGUCAAACUAUUAUGCUUAACUUUACAUGGAAUGACAGGUCAGUACUUCUCUUUUGACCUUACCAAAGCAUAGUCUACCAUCGUGCUGUCAAUCGAUUGGCUUUGAUUGUAGAUGUAUGUUUAAAGCCAUUCAAUAAUACGACUCAGUGUUUGGGUUACGAAAGCCUUUUGUUGACAUUCCUUUAUAAUUUCACAGUCUUUUUAUAGGCUACAUUUAUUUAACACUCUUAUACAUUCCUCAAUCUCUUUUACUGUCAAUAGUGGGAACCAAUGGUAACACUUCACAUUUGGUCUCUGUUACAUUGACAUGCUGAUGAUGUAGGCUAAAUAUAUACAUACACAUAGGCUAAAGGUUUUAUCCAGCAUGAAUGACCCAUAUACUGUAUGUGGUCAAGAGUGUUCAUCUCGAGGAAGCACAGUGCAAUAGGCUUCCUUUCUCUAGUACCUCUUAAAAUAGUCCAAGACAGACACAAGACCAUUUUCCCCAUCUGACUCAAUACCCUCUUUAUCGAUAGCCUGUAAUCCCGCAGCAUGAUGUGUAUUUGUCAGUAUGUUCAACUGUGUAUAUCUGUGCCUUACAGCAGUGUUAGCUGAACUUCCAAUUCCCAGUAACGUCAGGAUUACCUCCAUCAACAUGGGACUAGUGUUGGAGUGGGAUCCCCCUCAGAACCACACAGAAAACCUCACCUACAGAUCAGAAUACAAAUGGUAAUAUGAAAAACAACACAACACAACCAAGUGAGGGUGAACAUUGAAAUAUGACGAACUUCCUCCUAUGGGUGCUGGGAAAUGACACACCCACAAGUUGUCUUCCCCAGAAGACUCUGUGUCACACACACACACACACACCACACACGUCAACAUACACUCACUAUAUUUAUAAGGAAUUGGUGCAACUAUUUCACUCCUAUUUCACUCUGCUUUUCUAUUACACAAUAUUUGUCAGAAUGGGUUUCAGGCAUACAAACACUGUACAAACAGCUUACAAACACUGGACAAACAGCUUACAAACACUGUACAAACAGCUUACAAACACUGGACAAACAGCUUACAAACACUGGACAAACAGCUUACAAACACUGGACAAACGCUUACAAACCUGGACAAACGCUUACAAACCGGGAAAAACACUUACAAACACUGGACAAACAGCUUACAAAACAGCUUACAAACAGCUUACAAACAGCUUACAAACACUGUACAAACAGCUUACAAACACUGGACAAACAGCUUACAAACACUGGACAAACAGCUUACAAACACUGGACAAACAGCUGACAAACAGCUUACAAACAGCUUACAAACAGCUUACAAACAUUGUACAAACAGCUUACAAACAGCUUACAAACGCUGGACAAACAGCUUACAAACACUGGACAAACAGCUUACAAACAUUACAAACGCUACAAACAGCUUACAAACACUGGACAAACAGCUUACAAACAGCUUACAAACACUGGACAAACAGCUUACAAACAUGUACAAACAGCUUACAAACAGCUUACAAACAGCUACAAACAGCUUACAAACAGCUUACAAACAGUUAACACUGAACUAGCUACAAAACACUUCAAACAUUGACAAACAGCUUACAAACAGCUUACCAAACAUGGGAACACAAAGCCAUGACCACAUACAAACAUGAUGUCUUGUAUAGAACACAGGGGCAAACUCAACGGGCAGACUACCAGCUGUAUGUGGAACAACAGUACCCUGAAGCAACAUGUAACUCAACCAGUCAUACGCUAAACAACAUGGAGAGUACUAUUUUCCACAGUAGAGGGUAGAAACGAAACGUACUGGCAGGUGAGAACAUCACGGGUGGUAAGACGGAGGACAGCUUUGUCAAUGGAUAACAAGUGAGUUCCUAGUUACCCAUCUGUAACGUCACAACACAUUUAUAACCUAUACAUACUACAUUCAUACAGCACAUAAGACAUACAUGAGCAUUUCAUAGUAGUUCUUGCACUAGAGACGGGUAUGAAAGUGUAAUAACAGGUACUGUUAAGCCAGAGGUUGGGUAAAGCACAGUGUAUGAUUAAAGACUGGAGCCUGACAGCUUUUGCUUUUUAAUGGACUAUGGUGAUCCACUAGUAGGUGCCAUGUCAUUUCUUUACCCCUGACCUGAGAGGUGGCCACUUCCUUUAGGUCACUUCCUUUCCCGUGUCUCUCUCCACAGCCACCCUAGGCCCUCCCAGCGUGACGCUAGUCUCCAGUGGUGCUGAUAUUGAAGUGAGCAUCAACGACCCAGUGCUCAGGAUCUCUGAGUUUAAAGAUGUCUACAACCGUGUAACCUAUAACAUCACCUACUGGAAGGAGGGCCAGGAGGAGUGGGAUACAUAG